AUGUCGAAUAUCCAACCUGAGGAUCCUGCACCCUACAUGAACCAUGUUGGUGAUCAAAUGCAAGAGGCUCAUAACGGUUUAGAGGAUGAUUUUCAUGGGGAUGCGUGGGACUCUGAUGUCGACGAGUUUGACUACUCUAAUAACAAAAUAGGUGAUACUUCAGCUGCUCAAGCUCGGAAAGGGAAAGACAUCCAGGGCAUUCCUUGGGGCAGGCUCAUCAUUACCAGAGACCAAUACAGACAAACUAGACUUGAACAGUACAGAAACUAUGAAAAUGUCCCUACUUCUGGUGAUUCAUCGGCCAAAGAUUGCAUGGUCACACAGAAAGGGGCCCUUUUCUAUGACUUCUGGCGUAACUCAAGAUCUAUCAAAUCAAGUAUUAUUCAUUUCCAGUUGAGAAAUUUGGUAUGGGCAACAUCUAAGCAAGAUGUCUACCUUAUGUCAAACUUUUUGGUGAACCACUAUUCUACUUUGACAUCUCGAAAGCAAGAGGUUCUCAAUGUUCAAGGUCAUGUUUCCCCUUCCGAGAAACAUCCUGGAAGUUUGUUGGAGGGAUUUACAAAGACUCAAGUGAGUACACUUGCUGUGAAAGAUAAAUUUUUAGUUGCUGGCGGAUUCCAAGGAGAAAUUAUAUGCAAGCAUCUUGAUAGACCUGGUGUGAGCUUUUGCUGGAGGACAACUUAUGAUGAUAAUGCUAUCACUAAUGCUAUUGAGAUCUAUAACAAACCCAGUGGUGCGCUUCAUUUCACAGCCUCAAAUAAUGAUUGUGGACUCAGAGAUUUUGAUAUGGAGAGAUAUCAGCUUGUUAACUAUUUUCGCUUUCCUUGGCCAGUCAAUCACACAUCUCUGAGUCCUGAUGGUAAACUAUUGACGAUUGUGGGAGACAACCCCGAGGGCCUUCUCGUAGACCCCAACACUGGAAAGACACUGGGAACGGUAGCAGGACAUUUGGACUUCUCCUUUGCAUCGGCAUGGCACCCGGAUGGUCUCACAUUCUCCACAGGUAACCAAGACAAGACCUGCCGGGUUUGGGACGUUCGUAACCUCUCUAAAUCCGUUGCUGUCCUGAGGGGUAAGCUUGGUGCAGUCCGUUCCAUCCGCUACACAUCUGAUGGGAAGUACAUGGCCAUGGCUGAGCCGGCUGACUUUGUCCAUGUCUACGAUGUCUCAAAAGGGUAUGAAACAGAGCAAGAGAUUGAUUUCUUUGGGGAGAUCUCGGGAAUGUCCUUCAGCCCUGACACGGAAGCGCUCUUCAUCGGUGUUUGGGACCGCACUUACGGCAGUCUCCUUGAGUAUGGUCGGCACCACAACUACUCCUACCUUGAUUCGUAUCUAUAAAUGAUUCGAGCUAUCAGAAGAAUAAAAGAGGUUAUCCACGUGCGUGCUUCACCUUCCUGUAAAAAGUAAAAAUAAGAAACAGAAUAUCUAGUGGUGUAAGUGAUGUGUUGUACAAGUAAUAGGACUGUAUGUUGGCACGGAGAGACGAUUUAGUUAGUUAUAUUUUUCUUUUUAUGA